GCGGCGCGCCUCCCCCGGUCAUUUGUCGACACAGGCUGCUGCUUGGAGAAAAAAAUAGAAAAACUGGGGAAGGGAGAACCUAAUUUUUUCUUCUGCUCUUUUAAUUUGUUGCCCGAGUUGGAGUAGACCUCGUCCAGAGGAGCUAGAGGGAAGCAGCCAUGUCUGGCACAUACAAUGACUCCUUGACCGACGUCUCACUCUCAAGUGACAGCUUUUGGGAGGUGGGUAACUACAAGCGUACAGUGCGACGUGUGGACGAUGGCAACCGGCUGUGCAAUGACCUGAUGAACUGCAUCCACGAGAGGGCGCGCAUAGAGAAGGCCUAUGCACAGCAGCUCAACGAGUGGGCCAAGCGCUGGAGACAACUCAUCGACAAAGGCCCCCAGUACGGCACCCUAGAGCAGGCGUGGAAUGCAGUGAUGACGGAGGCAGAGAAGGUGAGCGACCUGCACAUGGACGUGAAGUCCAGUCUGAUGGGCGAGGACUUUGAGAAGGUGAAGAACUGGCAGAAGGACGCCUACCACAAGCAGAUGAUCGGCGGCUUCAAGGAGACCAAGGAGGCCGAGGACGGCUUCCGCAAGGCACAGAAACCCUGGGCCAAGAAACUCAAGGAGGUGGACACAGCUAAGAAGACGUACCAUGCGGCAUGUAAAGAGGAGAAGCUUGCCACGAGUCGCGAGAACAACAGCAAGCUGGAGAGCAACGCAAACCCCGACGCCCAGAAGAAACUACAGGAGAAGGUGGAGAAAUGCCAACAGGAAGUCCAGAAGACCAAGGAGAAGUAUGAGAAGUCGUUGGAGGAGCUGGACAAGGUGACUCCACAGUACAUGGAGAACAUGGAGCAGGUGUUCGAGCAGUGGCAGCAGUUUGAGGACAAGCGCAUCGCCUUCUUCAAGGAGCUGCUGCUCGACGUCAAGAAGCACCUAGACCUGUCCACCAACGCCAAGUUCCAGACAGUCUACCACACACUCGAGGACACGAUCCAGGCUGCUGACCCAGAGGAAGAUCUGAAGUGGUUCCGGGCCAACCACGGCCCAGGCAUGCACAUGAACUGGCCCCAGUUCGAGUCCUGGAGGGGGGUGUCUGCUCACACUGGCUCGGUGUGGCGGCUUAAGGACUGGUCUAUAGACAUGAACCGCACACUGAGUCGGCGGGACAAGAAGAAGCCGGGUGAUGGGGUGAUGCUGACGGGCAUCAGUCAGACGGGAGACCAGCCAGCUAAGAGCAGCAGCAGCCUGGCCGUGCCACGGAGUGUAACGCCCGUGGGCACGAACCCGUUUGAGGAUGAUGAGGACGAGGAGGAAGAAGACUCGUCGCCGCCUCAGGAACAGAACAUCAGCGUCACCGUCCCUGUCCCAGAGCCCCCUCUGGUCAUUAAAGACCACACGCCCACCAAAACCGCGAGCAGCGUGGAUAAGACUCAGGAUUGGUCAGAUGAAGAGGCCGGGAACCCCUUUGCGGGUGACGCCAAUGGCAAUGGGAACGGAAACGGCAACCCCUUCGAGGAUGAACCCGCAUCCCCCACCGUCUCGGUGCCCGUGAAGGCACUAUAUGACUACGAAGGGCAGGAGCAGGACGAGCUCAGCUUUAAAUCAGGGGAAGAGUUCAUCAAGAUUGGAGAGGAGGAUGACCAGGGCUGGUGUAAGGGCCGCCUGAAGGACGGCACGGUGGGUCUCUACCCCGCCAACUAUGUGGAGGACGUCCAGUAACUGCAGAGAGAGAAAGAGAGAGAGAGCUGUAGAUGGAUAAGGGAGAGAGAGAGUGAGAAAGAUUAGUAAAAGGAGAGUGAGAACAAGAGAGGGGGAUCUGAAGAGAGAAAAACAAGAUGACAGAGAGAAAAGGGGAGAGAUGGAGGAUAUUAUUAUACAGUAUGUAGCGUAGAAGGCAAGGCAUUGGGCGACAAAUACAAAUCAGAAGACUGCUCACUAGUGCCACUGUGUGGUGGGACUCUGAACUGAACUGAACAUGCUGCAUUGGAAAGCAGGGAGAUGCAUCACAUGUCACACACACACACACACACACGCCUGGUGCGCUAACAGGGAUUGGAUAUAGCUGGGAUUGCGCCAUGUUUUUUCCAGGUAUCUUCCUGUUGUGAAAUAGUAAACGAAUAAAUAUGGAGAUCAUCACAAGACAACAAUCACCACAUAUAUUGCAAUGCAUCUUCUGAAGUAUCCUUCAAAGUAUAACAUAAACCCAAGACUCACUUUAAAAAAAAGCAGAAGACCAUCGCUGAAAUGUUCGCUUUGAAAUAUUUGGGAAAAGCAUAAUUUUAUUCUGCCUUGCGUCCUAAAAGAGCAAUAUUAUGAUGGUCUUUAUUUGUCCUUCACAAGUCACUCUCCGUCGCUGAACACAUACAGAGCAGUCAAUGAUGCUGGACGAAAAAUUGAGCCAUUCAAAAGUGUAACUGUGCAUGCCUUUUGACAAAAAAAUUCAAGUCUUGUACAUUUCAGAUUUUAUGCCGUUCUUUUCCCUUCCCCAGAUCGUAGCUUAUAUUUUUUACUCUUCCUGGCAUUUCUUCUGCAGGCUUUCUUUUUCAGACGUGCAUUUUUGCUGAUGGUUAGAUGAGUUUUAAGUUUGCUGUCUCAUUAUUCAACUUACCUUACAGAAAUGGCCUCUCUUGGCAUUUUUGUUUUUAUUUGUUUUUGGGAUUGUGUAGGGGUGUCACUUGGAGUACUUCAAUUUUAUGUACUGUACAGACAUUACAAGUUUAUUUUUCCUCCUCAAAAGGCACUAGAAUACUGAAACUGAAGGAGAGUUUGCCCUGUUUCCAUGUUCAACAUUACUAAGCAGCCAAAAACUCAGAUCAUAUCUGAUAAGGAAAAGAAAACAAGUAUUGAAAGAUACAGGUGGAUACAGUGAGUAGAAUAUUGUUUUCUUUUCACAUAAUUGUAAUCUACAAGCACAAACAGUCAAGUCUGACAAUGAAACAACAUAUUUUAUUUCUAUGUAGUACAAGUACUUUUUAGAUUUCAUUCAGUUUUAGGUGGGAAAGUGCAAGUUUUCAGAGACUAAUUGAGAAGCAAGCAAACGACUUCUCAAGAGGGAGAACGUUAUAAGAAGCUUCAUCUUACCCAGUGUUCCAUCCCCACACGUUAUUGUAGCCAGGCAACAAGGCACCAAUUGGUUAGUUGAUGCGAUUCAUUGAUUGUACUCUCCCACCUUGUAUUGAUUGUAUCCUUGGCAAACCAACAGAGAAGGCUUACUCACAGACACGCACAGAAACACAGACAUGUGUGCCCACACAUGUGUAGCUCACACUCACAGUUUCCGUUGAUUGUUUCUGGAUUCAUUUUGAUCUGCUAUUGCUGUUAUUCCUAAGCCCUCUGAAUAUCCAGUUUGGGUUUGGUUGAAGAGAGAGGCAUGGGUAUGUAAACAAAUCUUGUUUUUAUUGAAAUUGUUAUUAUUGUUGUUGUUAUUAUUAUUGCUACUCACUUGAAGCAUCAACUCAAUCCACGCCUGCACUGGACUUUUGCCUGCAACUCUAUGGGAGAGGAGGAUCGCACUAGUGCCUAUGUAGUGCCUUUGUAGUUAGCUGGCCUUAUAGCAAUACGCCACCUAACUCCUGGUGGCUAAGAUGAUGAUUCGUUUUGGGAUACAAGCGCUCACAAGCCUCACCGGAAUGAGCUCCUCUAUACAUGUCUCUUUCUCUAGAGUUCACCUGUACUUGCCUGUACAUAGUAGCAAAAAAUACCUUUAUGAACAAAACAAAAAGACAAAAUGCAUUGACUAAAAAAAACCCAUAAACUUUUAUUAUGAAAUGGAAGACUGUUAAUUUAUGAGCUGCCUUUUGGAGCUCUUUCUGAUGAAUGAAUGAAUGGAUGCUGUGAUUUGUUUUCUUUCUUUUCUUUUUCUUUUCUCCUUAAAUCUGUUUGUAAAGUAAUUCAAAUAUUUUAUGGCUGCAAUUGAAUGAUUUUUUUCUUUUUGUAACAUUUGUAUAUAUGAUUUAGCUUGUUUUUGCUCUUCAUUUUGUUUUUGCCUGGUAAAUUACUGACAUCAGGCCCACCAGAAAGAAAUGACAUGCAUUACACAUUUGCAUCUGAGAGAAACUCUCCAUAUUUUUUCUCUGAUUCUCACUGGACUUUGCAACAGAGUGUGUUUGCCCCUCAAAAAAGGUGGAAUUAUCAGAAAUAUAAAAGAAAUAAAUAAAUAAAACUUGAGUUUAUCAUCACACACCA